AUGGCCGACUUCAUAACCAACCUCUGGGAAGCCGUCUUCACCCCCGGUCCCACGCCCGCCCUAUUGCUGGCUACCAACAUCACCUUCGGUGCUCUCCAGCUUCUCCUCGCCGCUCUCCUCGCCGCUACCUACAGUAUCCACUUCUUCGUUCUCAGCGUUCUGUGCGGCGGUCUCUGGUGGGCCAUCAACUGGUUUGCCUACGAGUUGCAGCAGGCUCAGCAAAAGGAGGCCGAGGCCGAGCGUAUCAGAAAGUCCAGGUCGCCGAACCAACCCGGAGACACAGCCGACGACGAAGCCACCGAUACCGAAGUCCAGACAGCUGCCGGCGUCAAGGUCAACGUCUCUCAUGCCGAACUUGACUUCAAUCCUACCCAAGAAGACGAACAAAUUAGAUCAAAGAUCCUCAACGACUUCAAGAGCGGCACGGCUUCGACGACUUCGGCUGGUACGACUGGCUUGCAGCCCUCAGAAGGCGAGAGCAGACACCGCAAGGCUCCCAGUGAUCUCAGUGCUUCGUCCAACGACUUUGGCACCGAUAGCGAGUGGAUCAAGGUUGACGAGGAAUGA